UCGGACUCAAGCUGCAGCUCCUGUUCCUCUCUGUCUGAAUAAAGAUAGAGCUUUACCCAGACUGCACAUUCCUUCCUCUGUCCCAGAUCUAGCACAGUAGCGCCUCGACAAACGAACAAACCCGUUCACGUACAAAUCGGUUUACGAACAGGAUUGUACGAAAAUUUUGCUUCAACGUACAUACGAAAUUCAAGAUACGAACAGAAAAGCUCUCGGGCCCCGCGUGAUCUCAUUCAGUUCGUCUUUGGCGUGUGCGCUGUGAACAGCCGUCCAACCAUUCUUACGCUAUCCGAACAAUGGGAAAAGGACUCAGCAGCGAUCCAGAGUAUUUGAAAAUCUGAAGACUGAAGUUUCAAAAUCAACGGAUAAAGGGCUUAUGCCCGCAACAUUGACUCUCCUGCUCCUCGGACGCUGCCUGACCUGCUGCGCUUUUCCAGCGCCACAUUUUUUGACUGACUGUCCAGCGUCAGCAGUCCUCACUUUGAUGUCAAUGUCUGACAGUCACUCAAUCCAUCGGGACAGCAGCUGUUUUUGACUGUGAUUUCUGUGAGAGGGAUCAACGCUUUUUGGUUCCUGUUUGAGGACAUUUUCAGCAUCAGUGGGACUGGACGAGAGACCCCACUGUUGGAGCGCACUGUGUGUGGAGCCUGAAACAGUUAUACGGCCUGGGAAGGGGAUUUCACGGCAGGGAGGGGUUCUACACGUGUUUGUGUGCAGCUGAAGCUGUGGCCAUGGAGAAAUCUGAGGAAUCCUGCCGCGUGGAGAAACCGUGGAAGUGUGGGGACUGUGGGAAAGGCUUCCGUUUCCUGUCUGCCCUGGAGAUUCAUCGGCGCAGUCACACCGGGGAGAGGCCAUUCCCCUGCACUGACUGCGGGGAGGCCUUCAGGUAUUCCUCCCACCUGCUGGCCCACCAGCGGGGCCACAUGGGGGAGAGGCUCUUCAGUUGCCCUGAGUGCGGGAAGGCCUUCAGCAAUUCCUCCGCCCUGCUGACCCACCGGCAUGUCCACACGGGGGAGAGGCCAUUCACCUGCUCUCAGUGCGGGAAGGGCUUCACCUGUUCCUCCAACCUCCUGACCCACCAGCGGGUCCACACUGGGGAGAGGCCCUUCAGCUGCCCAGAGUGCGGAAAGGCCUUUACCCAGGCCUCCAUCCUGCUGAGGCACCAGCUUGUCCACACCGGGGAAAGGCCCUUCAGCUGCCCUGAGUGUAGGAAGGCCUUCAGCGAUUCCACCACCCUGCGGAGUCACCGUCACGUCCACACCGGGGAGAGGCCGUUCACCUGCUCUCAGUGUGGGAAGGGCUUCAUCUGCUCCUCCAACCUGCGGAGACACCAGCGUGUCCACACGGGGGAGAGACCGUACACCUGCCCUCAGUGCGGGAAGGGCCUCACCUGCUCCUCCAACCUGCGGAGACACCAGCGGAUCCACACGGGGAGAGGCUGUUCACCUGCUCUCAGUGCGGGAAGGGCUUCAGGAUCUGAAGAAUGAAGUUUCAAAAUCAACAGAUGAAGGCCUAAUGCCCAAAACGUUGACUCUCCUGCUCCUCGGAUGCUGCCUGACCUGCUGUGCUUUUCCAGCACUGCACUAACUGACUCUCCAGCAUCUGCAGUCCUUACUUUGACGUCCAUGUCUGACAAUCAUUCAAUCCAUCAGAACCGCAACAGUUUUCAACUAUGAUUCUGUGAGAAGGAGCAAAGCUUUUUGGUUCCUAUUUGGGUACGUUUUCAGCAUCAGUGGGACUGGAUGAGAGACCCUACCGUUGCAGUGCACUGAGUGAGGAGCGUGUAACAGCUAUACGGUUUGGAAAGAGGAAUUCACGGUGGAGAGAAGCUCCACAUGCGUUUGUGUGGCGCUGAAGCUUCGGCCAUGGAGAAACCCGGGGAAUCCCGGCCUGUGGAGAAACCAUGGAAGUGUGGCGACUGUGGGAAAGGCUUGUUUCCCGUAUGCCCUGGCGACUCAUUGGCGCAGUCACACUGGGGAGAGGCCGUUCCUCUGCCGUGACUGUGGGAAGGACUUCAGCGAUUCCUCCAACCUCCAGACCCACCAGUGGAUCCACAUGGGGAAGAGGCCCUUAAGGCAGGAAGGCCUUUACCCAGGCCACCUCCUUGCUGACCUCCCAGCGGGAUCACGUGGCAUUGCAGGGGGAUUGAAAGAAAGAUGGCCGAGUGCCUUUACCAACUGGACUAUCAACCCAGUUCCAGUGGCUCCUGAGUUCGAUUCCCACCGCGACAGAUGGUGGAAUUGGAAUUUGGUCAGACAUCUGGAGUUCAGAAUCUAACGGUGAAACCAUUGUAGGUGGGGUGGGGGUGGAAGAAAACCCCCAUCUGAUUCACUCAGUUCUUUUUUAGGGAAGACUUGAGCAGUUAUUAGAGCAGUCGUCCCAGCUGCAUCCUUUACCCGGUCUGGCCUACACGUGACUCCAGACCCACAGUAGUCUGGUUGACUCUACGCUGCUCAUCCAACUUACUUGGAUACAGGUUGAAAUUGCUGAGUGAGGCAAUACUUCCUCCAGGUUAAGGCUACACCAAGGAUCCAAUUACAAAGGGACAACUCAGUGGUGACCAAUAAUGGAGAAAGUGAGGGGUUGCACUUUGACCUUGAGCUGUUUUUUAAAAUUUGCUACUUUUUCUACGCCUUUCUGCUGGGAGAUUCUGAAGCUGUAACAAAG